UUGAACUGUGAAAAUUGUGUGUUACCAUAUCUUGUAGCCAUUCAAGAUGACAGACUUUUGGCAAGUUUUUGGGAAAGUUGGCAAGAAACCGGCACCUUUCUUAAGUCUUACUCAAUUUUUUUUAUUAUUUUCAAUCACAAGAAAGAUUUUUCUGCGAUGGUAAUUGAGAGCAUUUGCUCUUUUUUAUAGCUUUAAAAGAACAUCCCUUUUCAACUGGAAAGCAAUGUCUUCUGGGAAACAGAAAACUUUGGAUGAUUUUGGAAAGCCACCAAAAAAGCAGAAAACAGAGGAAGCAGGACAAAAUGAUCAAGACUUUAUUAAAGAAAUCAAGCAGUCAAGAUUAACAUGUGCUGCUUCUAUUAAGGAUUUUAAAUUUAAUAAAAAGAGAGUCAGAGUCCUUUCAAAGACAAAGGAUAUUUCUGAGAAUGCUGAAUCUAUUGUGUAUUGGAUGUCAAGAGAUCAGCGUGUCCAAGAUAAUUGGGCUUUUCUUUAUGCUCAGCGUUUAGCCUUAAAGCUGGAUUUACCUUUAUGUGUUUGUUUCUGCUUAGUCCCAAAAUUUUUAGAGGCAACUAUACGUCACUAUCGCUUCAUGUUAAAAGGACUUAAAGAAGUUGCUGAUGAGUGUGAAUCUUUAAACAUUCAUUUUCAUUUGCUUCUUGGGGAGGCUAAAACAGUUUUACCUGCAUUUGUGAAAGAAAACAAAGUUGGUGGAAUUGUAACAGAUUUUAGUCCCUUGCGAGUUCCUAGGAAAUGGAUAUCGGAUGUUUUAACUAAGCUGCCAGAUGAUGUAUCUCUAUGUCAGGUUGAUGCUCAUAAUAUUGUUCCUUGUUGGAUUGCUUCAGAUAAACAAGAAUAUGGAGCUAGAACAAUAAGAAGGAAAAUUCAUGAUAAACUCAAGGAGUUUCUUACUGAAUUCCCCCCUGUUAUUAAACAAAAAGAGAUUGCUAACUGCAAAUUACAGGAUAUAGAAUGGGAAAAAAUUGAAAAUACCCUGGAAGUGAAUAUGGAUGUACAAGAAGUAGCUUGGGCCAAGCCAGGCACUGCUGCAGGGUUGUUGAAAGUAUCUGAAUUUUGCAAUAAGAGGCUGAGAGGAUUCAAUGACCUUCGGAAUGAUCCCACAAAAGAUAACUUGAGCAAUUUAUCACCGUGGUUUCACUUUGGGCAAAUCUCAAUUCAACGAACAAUAUUAACAGUUCUAAAAUUUAAAAGUAAAUGUGGCGCAUCAGUUGAUGCAUUUGUUGAAGAAGCUGUGAUACGAAGGGAACUUGCAGAUAACUUUUGUUAUUACAAUAAAAAUUAUGACAAAGUUGAAGGUGCAUAUGAUUGGGCUAAGAAAACAUUAAAGGAUCACAACAAAGAUAAACGGGAAUAUAUAUAUACUAAAGAGCAAUUUGAAAAUGCCAAAACACAUGAUCUGCUUUGGAAUGCUGCUCAACGUCAAAUGACAAGAGAAGGAAAGAUGCAUGGCUUUUUACGUAUGUAUUGGGCAAAGAAAAUACUGGAAUGGACGACUAGUCCUGAAGAAGCAUUGGAAAUUGCAAUUUAUCUGAAUGAUAAAUAUGAAUUGGAUGGACGAGAUCCUAAUGGUUAUGUUGGCUGUAUGUGGUCUAUAUGUGGCAUCCAUGAUCAAGGUUGGGCAGAACGAGCUGUUUUUGGAAAAAUUCGCUAUAUGAACUACAAAGGAUGCUGCAGGAAAUUUGAUGUGAAUGAAUUUAUAAGAAGGUAUAGAGAAAAGUGAAUUUUUCACUUCUGUGCUUUAUCAUGUUUCAUUGUAUGAUAUUUAUCAGCUUUUAACUAAGAUGUUAGCACUUGAAAUUCGAUAUGUAAACUACAAAAGAUGUAAAAAAUUUAUUGUAAAUUAUAUCAAAAGUUGUAGAGAAAAGUGAAUUUUAAAUUUUUAAAUGUUUUAUCAUGUUUCAUUGUAUGAUAUUCACCAGCUUUUAAUACAGAUCUAAGCACCUGAAAUUCAUUCUGCAUGUUACAGAAAAUUUGAUGCAAAUUUUAUGAAAAGUUAUAGAGAAAAGUGAAUUUUAAACUUUUAAAUGUAUUUUAUCAUAUUUCAUUGUAUGAUAUUUAUCAGCUUUAAUAAAGAUAUUAGCACUUAAAAUGAAACAUUUUGUUUUCUAAAAAUAAUAUAUUAAAUGGUAAAGGUAAAUUAGAAAUUACUGUUUUAACAAUACUAAAUAUAUUGAUAUGAAAUCAUCUCUAUUAUGCCAUAUUAGCUGCUACAGAAAUGAUGUACACAGUUUUGGGGUGUAUUUCCUUUCAUCAAUAUAAACUAUUUAAUAAUAAAAGAGAAUAUGUGUGUUAACUUUUUACAGGACAGACCACUAGAAAACGAGUAACAAAAUUCAGCUCAUAUAUGCUUUGAAUGAUGGGAAUAUGUCCUUCAGAGAUAUUUAUUUUAAUUGAUUAAAAAUUGAGUGAACUUGCAGCACUUUUUGUUGAUAAAUUCUGAAAAUAUAACAAAAAAAUCUUUAUAGCAUAUGAAAAUUCAAAAAAAAUUUCUAUGAUGCCUAUAUAAUUAGUAUACUACUAUAUCCAAUUUUUUUCUGUAUUUCGGAUAGUUAAAAAAGAUUCUUAGAUGAAAAUUACAGCAAAACAUUUUAUUGUUAUGAAAUUCAAUUGGUUUUCAUUGUAUUUAUAAACAUAUUAUAUACAGUGUUAUAAAUUUAUCAACAAUUAUUAUUGUUGAUUACUUAGGCAUUGAGAUUAUUUU